AUGGUCCCCUCGCCGGAUCCCGGGCCAUCGAUAGCCCCCCCGGCCGGGGCUGGGCCCGGCGUCGGGGCCGGUCCCUCGUCCAGCACCUCUUCACAUGGCGGCCAGGCCCCGGCGUGGCCGUCGCCGUCGCCGUCGCCGUCGCCGUCGCCAUCGCCAUCGCCAUCGCCAUCGCCAUCGCCGCCCCCGGUGCGCGUGCUGCGCACGCUCCGCGCGCCGCGGACACCGGAACGCAAGCGCCCGCAUGCGGCGAUGGCGGGCAGUCCGGCCGCGAAGCGUGCCCGGGUCGGGCCGCAGGCGGCGGACCCGGCGCACCUGGGCCUCCGGUGCCCGCACCCCGGGUGCGAGCGCGACUUCCCCAAGCCAUCGCGUCUGAAGGAACACCUGCUGUCUCACGAGUCGGACCGGCCGUUCACCUGCCCGGAGCCCGACUGCGGCCGGUCCUUCAUCCGGGCGACACACCUGCGCCGGCACUCGCUGGUGCACCAAGACGCGCGGCCCUUUGCCUGUACGCAGUGCGAUGCGUCCUUCAAGUCGCAGGCGCACCUGCGCCGGCAUGAGAACCUCCACUCGGACCCGCGGCCUUUUGUGUGCGAUGUGCCGGUCCCGGUGGAGGGCGACGCCCCUGAGACCGAGUCGGACUCCGCCCCUUCGGAGGCCGACACCCCUGGCCCGAUGCGCCCCUGCGGCGAGGCCUUCUCCAAGCAGCAGCACCUGCGCCGGCAUCUGGCCGAAGCCCACGCCGGCCGACUGCCAUACCCCUGUGCCGGGUGCGAUCGGUCCUUCUCCACCCCCAGCAAGCUGGCCCGGCAUGUCCAGAAGAUCCACUCCGACAGCCCGCAGUAUGUGUGUGAUUUCGAUCCCGCCUGCGGGCUGGCCUUCCAAAACUGGUCGACCAUGCGCGAGCAUGUGAAGAACGUGCACACGCAUGUGCCCGGCACAUGCGAGGUGUGUGCGCGGGUCUUCCCCAACUACAAGGCCCUGCGAGCGCACUACCAAAUCCACAACCCCACCCGGCCGCUGCUCCCCUGCACGGAGCCGGGCUGCGGGCGCUCCUUCACCACGCCGCGCAACCUGCGCCAGCACUUGAAGAACUACCACUCGAAGGAGAAGAACACUCGCCGGCAGGCCGCGGCCAAGCUUCGGCAGGAGCGGGCAGCUCUGUCCGAGCUGCAGGAGCUGCGCGGCGACCAGCAAGAUGUUCGGCUGCUCCUCUCGCUGGCCGGCCUGGCGCCAGUCGACGCACUGGAGGCCGAGCGCAUGGCCAUCACCCGGGAGUCCUCGCCCGGCUGGGACGGGGGGGGAUCGCCGACAGCCGCCUCCGACGAGGCGGCAUCCUCCCCGCUGGCAGGGGCCCCGGCGAAGCGCGCGAUCUGACGAGCCGUUCGUUGGCAUGUGUAUAAAUCUGUGUUCUCUG